AUGGAGCCAACAACUGAGAAGCCAAAUGAUAAUGUCGGAGAUCUCAACAAGCCCUUCCGUUUUAAGGGAGCUCAUUUCAAAAGAUGGAAAGCCAAGGUCCUUUUCUAUCUAAGCCUUCUUAAGGUAGCCUAUGUCCUCACUGAGAAGAAUCCAAACAAGGUUUCUACUGAUGACAUGACCGAAGAUGAACUCUAUGACCAUCAAGAAAAACAAAUAAAUCAUUUCUAUGAUUAUUAUAAUACUACACACACUUCUGUAAAGAAAAUUUGGAAAGCUUUACAGAGCAAAUAUGACACUGAAGAGGUUCAAGACUUUCAAAUGAUCGUGGUAGAAGUUAGAUCAGAAGGCAUAAAGAUUGAGGACAACCUUGUUGUGGCUGGCAUCAUUGACAAGCUCCCACCAUCAUGGAAAGACUUCCAAAAAUCAAUGCACCACAAGCAAAAUGAGACGUCCCUAGAAUCCUUGAUCACUCUAGAGGAGGAAGCUAGAGGACAAGAUGAACUUAUAACACAAGAGGGUAAUGGACAUUCUACCAUUAAGAGUGGUCAUUCACGAACGGGUCCAGCCUUUGAUUCAAUCAAGGUUGCUAGGCAGCCUUCAUCACUUGAACGAAUCUCAUGUGUUCGAAUUGUAGAACAACUCGUGCUCUUCUCUCAUUGUAGAGAGAAAAAGAUCCUAAUGUCUUGUUGCAGUAAAUAUUCACUGCAACAAUGCUUCACAGAAAUGGUUUUCAGAAAGUUCAAUCUAGGUUCUGAUAGUCUCUCGUAUGCUUAUGUAUUUGUGGUUGAUAGGGUAGCAGUAGAUACCUCUUUGAUGGGCAGCACAUUCAAUUGUCCGUGGCACAUGCUGAAUGUGCUUCUGAUUGUUUUGUAUGGUCGGAAGAUUUGUGUGCCUAUGUAG